CCACAAUGAGCUACUACCCAUGGCAGCAACAGCCUCAAGGCUGGCCUUCACAACAGCAGCAGCAAGACUGGCCACAACAAUGGCCUCAGCAGCAAAUGUACCAGCAGCCCAUGGCCGGACCCUCCUCAUGGGGCGCAGGCGCAAACAGCUCAGCGAUUCCCCCCACCUCCUCGUCAGCAACUCAGUUUCCUUCGUACUUUGCCAAUACCGCAUCCUCCUCUGGUAACCCUAUAGCCGUCGCCUCUCCAAUUGCACCAAUCGCUCCCAUUGGUCCUCCUGCGCCAAAGAAGGACGGUCGAGCUAGAGGAGGCGGGAGGAAACGCGCUGCAGGCGAGGGCAGUGAGCGUGGGGGUAAAGCAGGCGGCGGGAAGAAGAAGCAGAAGAAGGACAAAGAGGCAGCCGCAGGCAGUGUCAAGAAUGAGGCAGGUGAAUCUUCGGCAUCAUCGGCGGCACGCGGCGGUAGAGGCGGCCGGCGAGGAGGCGGUGGUCCAGGUAGCCGCGGCGGGAAAGUUGGUCGUGGCCGUGGAGGUCGGGCAGGCGCAUCUCAAGAGGCACGAGGGACGAGCGCACGACGAUCAAGAGCCCGUGAUACCUCCAUAGCAGGCGACUCUACCCAGCGAGCGGGCACGGCAGGCGGCGAUCGUAGUCCAAGUGCCGCGGUGAGAAGCAGCGCUGCCCCCAAUGCAGAUGAGGGUGCAAACGCGGCAAACGCCGCACAGCAGCAGGAAGACUACGACGAGGACGAGGUACCUCCCGCGGACGAGGAAGACGAGGAGCAGCCAGAGGACAUGGGCGAAGAGGAGAUGCGUUGGCGCGAGGAGGUGGAGCGUACACGUAGCCAGGCCAUGGGCCCGCUCAUUAUGGCCAUGUCCGAGUCGCAGUACGAUAGACAUGAGUCGUACCGUCGCUCCGGCUUCAACCGCUCCUCGUUGCGUCGCCUCAUUCAUCAACAUCUCAGCGGCGGUUAUUCCACAUCCACCUCCGGCAGCAUCAAUCAAACCAUCACAAUGGCCUUUGGAGGAGUAGCCAAAGUCUUUGUAGGCGAGAUCAUCGAAGGCGCUCGCCGUAUCCGUCGCGAGCGCGGUGGUGUGGAAGGAGACGCUGUGCCGCUCAGUGCCGAGGAGAUUCUCGAGUCGUAUAGAGAUUACUGUAAGGGCGCAAGUGACGUUGUAGGGGCUGGCGCAGGCUUGAUGGGCAGGGGAAAUGCCGAGGAGGUCAUGGGGUCGAGUGGGGUCGGUGGGGGGAUGGGAGGGAGAAGGCGACUCUUCUAGCACGCCUGGACUGGCUGGGCAGUACACCGGGCCCAUGGCACGAGAAUAUUC